AUGGCAGCUCCACGGAUCCUCCUCUGCGGCGACGUCCAUGGCCGCUUCAACCAACUCUUCAAACGCGUUACCUCCGUGAACAAAUCGGCCGGGCCAUUCGACGCGCUGCUCUGCGUGGGUCAGUUCUUCCCGGACUCUCCCGAGCGCGUGGAGGAGUUCAAUGACUACAUUGAAGGCCGCUCCAAAAUCCCCAUUCCCACAUACUUCAUCGGCGAUUACGGCGUUGGGGCUGUAAAAGUACUGUCGUCGGCGGCCAAGGAGUCGGCAAAUCUAGGGUUUAAGAUGGAUGGAUUAAAAGUCUCUGAGAAUUUGUACUGGUUGAGGGGCAGCGGGAAGUUCCUGCUCCACGGUUUGUCUGUGGCAUACUUAUCUGGAAGGCGGUCUACAACUAGCCAACAAUUCGGAACAUACACUCAAGAUGAUGUUGAUUCCUUGAGGGCAUUGUCUGAGGAGCCAGGGAUUAUUGAUAUAUUCUUGACAUAUCCUUUUUAUAAGCGCAAUUACUUCACGAAUAAAUCAGUAGCACUUGUCGUUCCUUCUGGGCUGUCAGAUUCAUCUAUUGGUGAUUCAACCGUGUCAGAAUUAGUAGCAGAAAUGAAGCCACGUUUCCAUAUUGCAGGCACUGCUGGUGUCUACUAUGACCGUGAACCUUAUGCAAAUAUCGAUGCUGUCCACGUGACUCGCUUUUUGGCCCUAGCUCCAGUUGGAAAUAAAGACAAACAGAAAUUCAUACAUGCACUUUCACCUACUCCUGCAUCCAAAAUGGCCUCCGCUGAGAUCUCCGCGAAACCUCCAAAUACUACUUUGUCUCCGUAUUUAUCGUCUGAUGAAACUGAAUCUGUCAAUGGAGCCAUAAAAAGAUCUGGUGACAAUGAUUCUGAUGCACAGUAUUGGCGGUACGAUUCGUCUAAAAAAAGGCAGAAACAUGGAGAUGGUGAUGGUGGCGAUAGGUUGUGCUUCAAAUUUGUGUCUUCAGGGUCUUGUCCGAGAGGGGAUAAGUGCCAUUUCCGACAUGAUGAAGAAGCCGAGGAACAAUAUAUUAGGGGUGUGUGUUUUGACUUUCUAAACAAAGGAAAUUGUGAACGGGGGCCUGAUUGCAAAUUUAAGCAUAGUUUGCAAGAAGAAGGUAGAGGAUUUUCUGGCAGAUCUGGAUCAGGGACUGGAAGCUCGACAAGAUCGAAGGAAUGCUGGUUUUGUUUGUCAAGCCCCAGUGUGGAGUCUCAUCUAAUCACUAGCAUUGGAGAAUACUGUUAUUGUGCACUUGCUAAAGGGCCAUUAGUUCAAGACCAUGUGCUGAUAAUACCAAUUGAGCAUGUUCCCAACACCCUGUCUCUACCACCAGAAUCCGAAAAAGAUUUGAAUAAACUCCAGAGCAGCCUUAAAGCUUACUUCAAGAGACAAGGGAAAGAAGCAGUUUUCUUUGAAUGGGUUUCUAAACGUGGGACUCACGCCAAUCUUCAGGUUGUUCCUAUUCCAUCAUCCAGAGCAUCUUCCGUUGAAAAUAUUUUCAAUUUAGCUGCUAAGAAGUUGGGUUUCACAUUUACAACAAUUAAAAAUGAUAACAAUUCAGCGCGAAAAUUAGUGGGGAUAAAUCUCGAUAAAAAUCAGAGCUUAUUUUAUGUAGAAGUUCCUGGGGGUACAAUCCUGUCUCAUGUCGUUGAGGAAAAUGAAAAAUUUCCUUUUCAAUUUGGCCGUGAGGUUCUUGCUGGAUUAUUGAAUAUGGCCGAUAAAGCUGAUUGGAGGAACUGCCAGCUCAGAAAGGAUGAAGAAACGAAGAUGGCAGACGAUUUUAAGAGUCAAUUUAAGGAGUAUGAUCCAAACAACUAA